CAACCUCAAAAACACAAAGCCUAGAGUAACACAAAAACCAAGCAGCACCAAUCGGUAUUUUUUUUUUAAUCUCUUUUCCAAUAAUACUAAUAUUCCUUAUUAUUUUCUUCUAUCAAAUUUCAAUUAACUUAUUAAUUACAUGAUUUUCUCAUCGGUACAUGUACUAGAGCCAUUGAAUAAGUAGCAUGAAUAGCAUAUGGAAAAGAGGAUUUUUUUAGUCAAGUUAUUGGAAACUUGUUGCAGUAAAUUAUCAAUUACACAGUUGCAUUCACAGUGUGUGAAAUUGGGUCUUGUUCAUGAUAGUUUCAUUGUGACCAAACUCAAUGUACUUUAUGCUAGAUAUGCAUCAAUUCAUCAUGCACAUAAGCUGUUUGACGAAACGCCUCACAAAACUGUUUAUCUAUGGAAUGCUUUGCUUAGGAGCUAUUGUUUUGAAGGAGAAUGGGUAGAGACUUUGUCUUUAUUCCGUCAAAUGAAUAAGCACAACGUUAGUUCUGUAUCGGUUGAAGAAAGUCAAAGACCGGACAAUUACUCGGUAUCUAUUGUGUUGAAAUCGUGUGCGGGUUUGAGGAAGGUUUUAUUGGGUAAGAUGAUUCAUGGGUUUCUCAUGAAGGUGAGGAUAGAUGGUGAUAUGUUUGUUGGAUCUGCUUUGAUUGAUUUGUAUACGAAAUGUGGUCUAAUGAAUGAUGCUGUGAAGGUUUUUAUGGAGUAUCCGAAACCUGAUGUUGUUUUAUGGACUUCGAUUGUUAGUGGUUAUGAGCAGAGUGGUAGUCCGGAACUUGCGCUCGCUUUUUUCUCGCGAAUGGUUGUCUCCGAGAAAGUGAAUCCUGAUCCGGUGACGCUGGUUAGUGUUGUUUCUGCUUGUGCUCAGUUGUCUGAUUUUAAGGUUGGAAGAAGUGUUCAUGGAUUUGUAAAAAGAAAGGGUUUAGACACUAAGUUGUGUUUGGCCAAUUCACUACUUAAUUUAUAUGGAAAAACCGGUUCCAUCAAGAAUGCAGCAAAUUUGUUCAGGGAAAUGCCUGAUAAGGAUAUUAUAUCUUGGAGUUCAAUGGUUGCGUGUUAUGCUGAUAAUGGGGCUGAAACUAAUGCCUUAGAUCUUUUCAAUGAAAUGUUAGAUAAGAGAAUUAAACCGAAUUGGGUUACUGUGGUUAGCGCAUUGCGAGCGUGUGCUUAUACUUCCAAUUUGGAAGAAGGUAUGAAGAUUCAUGAAUUGGCAGUGAAUUAUGGUUUUGAGAUGGAAACCACGGUCUCUACAACUUUGAUGGACAUGUACAUGAAGUGUUUUUCACCUGAAAAAGCAGUUGAUCUUUUCAAUAGAAUGCCUAAGAAAGAUGUAAUUGCUUGGGCUGUUCUAUUUAGUGGCUAUGCUGAAAUCGGAAUGGUGCACGAGUCAAUGAGGGUUUUUGGCAAUAUGUUAUCUAGUGGAACUCGACCAGAUGCUAUUGCUCUAGUUAAGAUUCUCACUGCUGUUUCAGAACUGGGGAUUUUUCAACAAGCCGUAUGUUUUCAUUCUUUUGUAACAAAAAUUGGGUUCGCAAAUAACCAAUUUAUUGGAGCAGCACUUAUAGAGUUGUACGCAAAAUGUUGUAGCAUAGAAGAUGCUAACAAGGUUUUUGAAGGAAUGGCAUAUAAAGAUGUUGUUACUUGGAGCUCAAUAAUUGCAGCUUAUGGAUUUCAUGGUCAAGGAGAAGAGGCAUUGAAAUUAUUUUAUCAGAUGGCUAAUUAUUCAGAUACGAAGCCUAAUAAUGUAACUUUCAUCUCAAUUCUUUCUGCUUGUAGUCAUUCAGGUUUGAUUAAAGAAGGGAUAAAAAUGUUUGAUAUCAUGGUUAACAAGUACAAAUUGAUACCAAACUCGGAGCAUUAUGCGAUAAUGGUUGAUCUUCUUGGUCGACUGGGAGAGUUGGAUAUGGCGUUGGACGUAAUUAAGAACAUGCCAAUGCAAGCUGGGCCUGAUAUAUGGGGAGCCUUACUCGGCGCAUGUCGCAUACAUCAGAAUAUAAAGAUGGGGGAAGUUGCAGCUAAGAAUCUUUUCUCAUUAGACCCUAAUCAUGCAGGGUAUUAUAUUCUCUUAUCAAAUAUUUAUUGUGUCGACGAAAAUUGGCAUAGUGCUACAAAACUUAGGAGACUGGUAAAGGAGAAUAGCUUGAAGAAGAUUGUUGGUCAAAGUAUGGUGGAGUUAAAGAAUGAGGUUCGAAGUUUCGUAGCAAGUGAUCGAUUUCAUGAUGAAUCCGGCGAAAUUUAUGAAAUUCUGAAAAAAUUACACGCUAAAAUGAGAGAAGAAGGUUAUGAUCCUCAAUUACAGAUAGAGGAAAUGCUAUGAGUUAUUGGAAUAUGAAAAAUUGGGGAGAAAAGAUUUUGGAAUAUGCUGUUGUUUGUAUCUUUGUUUUGGUUCUCAGAGUCAUUCUUUUAGUUGUAUAGUUGUAAAUAAAUUAAGUGGUUUUAAGUAGUACACAUCAAUGCUAAAGGUUACACAAGUUAUUUAGAUUUUAGGUGAAUGACUUAAGAUUCAUUUCUUAGAGUUUAACAAUGGAAGACAAGGGUAUCAUUUUCACCUUAUUUCAUUUCUUUUCUCUGCACAAUUUCACUUUGUUGCUUCUUCUGUCUAGCUCAUGUUUUAGAGGGAGGCAUGGACAUUGGCCUCCCUUCAAAGCCAAGUUAAAUGCAUUUUUUCUCUCCAUUUUUUCCAACAAUAUUAAAUUAUUAAUAGUGUAUUAUUAUGACAUAUUUUUUCUCUCCAUUUUGUUCAUUGUUUCUUUGGAUGAUUUAUCGCGAGUUUCGUUACAAAAAUGCAUUGCUUAUGCUACCAAGCUACUGAAUUACAGAAUAUAUGAAGAAAUAUUAAGGUUAUAACUCAUAUUCAUGUUGAUGUAUUACUUAUUGUUGAAAGCUGUCUUCUUGCAGUUGAUGGUGCAUCUUCAUCUUUUUUCCUUCUUUGGUUCUUUUCAGGCCUCCCUAAAAGCCUGCGUAAUGGAGGCAUUGCACAUUUUCUUCAUCAUUUUAAUUAUCUUAAUUUUGUGAUUUUAGAAGAAUUAGAGAUUCUUUUGAGACUA